UCUAAUUUCUUCUUUUUGGUCCAAGUCUUUGAGGAGGUGCGAAUCCAUUUCAUUCUCCGCCUUCACCAUCAUCUUCUCGGAUCUCUCUCCGUCCACAUUCACGCGUUGUCGCCUUCCAACCGCGGAUUAUUGAGGUGAUUGUGAAACCCUAAGCAUGGAGAUGUAUCAGAUCAGAUCAUAGGUCAAAGGCUUUGCAGGUUUUUUCAGUCUUGAAAAUCAACACAUUUUCACAAGAAAUCUGAUGCGAGGCAACUCCCGUCUUCCUAUUCGAUCUAGUACAUCUAUUUCAGUUCGCGUCGAUGGUUUCAGAGGAGUAUCAAUUGGGACUUGUCGUUCGCAACACCCCGAUGACGUCUUUCCAGGAUCUUAUGGACACGCAGAAGGAGCUCUUGUGUUUGCAGAUCAACGAGCUCCAGAAUGUUGUCCUUUCCCAGUGUGAACUCACCGGGGUUAAUCCUCUAUCUGAGGAAAUGGCAGCAGGUUCCUUGUCCAUUAAAAUCGGAAAGAGGCCUAGAGAUUUGUUAAACUCAAAGGCUGUAAAAUAUAUGCUGUCAGUAUUCUCGAUUAAAGAUGCAGUUAGCAAGAAGGAAUCUCGUGAUAUUGGUGCUCUUUUGGGGAUUACAGCAACACAGGUUCGAGAAUUUUUCACCAAUCAACGGUCAAGAGUGAGAAAAUUUGCUGGGUUAUCAAGGGAAAAGGCAAUUAGGGUGGCCAAAGUGAAUGAACAACAAAAUGGGGUCCUUGGAUCCUCUGAACCACAAAUGCCUAUUAAUCCAGUCCCCUUAAAUACUAUUGUGCCACUUGCUAGUGAAGAACCUUCGUGUUCUACUCAGCCAGAAGCAAUUGGUUUGAAUGAUCUAGAGAAAAGUUUUGUGGAGAAGAUUUUUAUGUUAAUGCGGAUAGAGGAGACAUUUUCAGGGCAAGUUAAAUUGUUGGAGUGGAUCUUGCAAAUUGAGAAUAGCAUGAUAUUACUUUGGUUCUUAAAUGAAGGGGGUGUGAUGAUAUUAGCUACAUGGUUGAGCCUAGCAGCAAUUGAAGAACAAACAAGUAUUCUUCAAACUAUUCUUAAGGUUCUCUGCCAUCUCCCUGUUAAUAAAGCUCUUCCUGUACAUAUGUCGGCUAUCUUGCAAAGUGUUAACGGACUUCGGUUCUACAGGGCAACAGUCAUUUCAAACAGGGCACGAGUUCUGCUAGCUAGAUGGAGCAAAGUUUUUGCAAGAAGUCGGUCAUUGAGAAAAGUUAAUGGUUCAAAAUCUGUAGCAGAUGUAGAGAGUGAGGUACUGUUAAAGAAGAGUAUUGAAGAAGUCAUGGAUGAUGAGUCCUGGGAAGCACAAGCAAUAAAAGAAGAUGCACUUGUUCCCUUGUCUGAGAGCUCAGAACUAAGGAAAUUGGAGCCUCUGAAACUGCUCACUUCGUCCACAGAUGAUUCUAACAAGAAGCUUUGCUUGGGUAUAUCUUCAUAUCAAACUAAGGAGCGGAGGAAGGUCCUUUUGGUAGAACAUCCUGGACAGAAAUUGGCAGGGAGAAACAUUCAGAAUGCAAGGUCUACACAAAAAAACCAGAGCCGUCCAUUGUCAGCAGAUGACAUUCAAAAAGCAAAAAUGCGUGCUCAUUUUUUACGAAACAAAUAUGGAAAAAGUGUCGUAGCUUCCAAUGACGGGCCUCAGACAAAGGCUGAAGAAGCUCCAUCUAAAUGUUCCUCCUUUCUGGUCGACACUUCUUCUUCAGAAUCAAUACCUUUGAUACCACUUAGAACUGAUGAACAAAAGCAACCUUUGCCUGAAAUGCUUCCUACAAACCCUCCUACUCAGGAAGUACAAAACGAGGACAAGUUGAGUUUAGAUCAAAAUGAACCUCAAUUGAAGAAGCGCAAAAGAAUGCAGAUACCAUGGCUGACACCAGCAGAAGUAAGGAUGAAUACUGCAUGGAGAUUUGGUACGGGAGAAGACAGCAAGGAGGUAGAGUUUCAAACAAACCGAAACCGUCGUGAAAGAGAAACCAUUUAUUCUGCCUCCCAUGAAAUACCACCAAACCCUAAAGAACCAUGGGACAUGGAAAUGGAUUAUGAUGACAGUCUUACACCUGAAAUACCAUCUACACAGCUACCAGACAAUGAUGUAGCAAUAGUAGUAGAAGAAGAAACAGCAGUAUCUGAAACAGUAGCAAUGAUUGAUUCUUCUCGACCUUCUUCUGAUCUGAACGAAAUGGUGUCUGCUUUAGCAUCAGCUUUUGCAUUAACCGGUAAUAAUAGUAGUAUUAGUAAUUCGAGAUCGUCAGGGGCAGAGCCAGACUAUGACUUGCUUGAGGUUUUGUUACAAACCCCUGAUUUGGUUUUUGCAUUGACGUCUGGCCAAAGUGGGAUAUCAAAUGAAGAAACUGUGAGAGUUCUUGAUAUGAUAAAAGCUCGUAGGGCUGCUGCUGCCCCAACUGUGUCUUCCCCUACCCCGACUGGUUUGGGCAGAAGUGGCAAUAGUAUUCUUCCGGUUUCACUUCCAUCCCCAACUCCUUCCAGCGAGCCUGUAACGAAUCAAUGGGGUGGAGAAGAUAGUAGAAAUCCAUUCUCAAGCAACGUGUUUCAAUCCUCGAAUAUGGUCCAUCAUCAAAAUCAGUCUGCUCCAUUUAUUCCUCAACAAUUUGACCAUCUCUUGAAUAUGAAUAAUAAUAUAGCAAACUCCCAUAAUUAUGGAAACAUUAUUAUCGACCCAUCAUCUGAACCUUUACAACAAUAUCAUCAAAAACAGAUGAUGCCAACAUGGCAGAUGCAGACACAGACACAGAAUUCAUGGGGGGCUGAUCGAGACCGCCCAAACCGUCGAUAUGAACACAUUCAAAAUAGAGACAAUGUGCAUGCCGGUUAUGGUGGUGGGUGGGAAAGAGAAGAUUUCAAUGGUCGACCCGAUUAUGAUAAUAAUAAUACUAAUAAUAAUAAUCUUAAUCGGAGGAGAAUGAGUCAGGCUGAUGCUGAAUACAACCAUCGUUAUGGAUAUAGUAGUCAUGAUCGUCGUCAUCAUAGGCUGGAGCCUGAGCAAGAUCCACCAUCAUCAAGAAAUUGGGCUUCUUCUUCACCUGAUCAUCAGCAAAGAGAUCAGUAUAAUAAUAAUAAUAUUAAUAAUAAUAGAUAUGGUGAUAGAAGGUGGCAUGACGGGAGAAGAUGAUGAAAAAGCUCUAAUGAAUCACAUCAUUUGAUGUUUGAGAGGGAAGAAAACUAUUAUUUUUGUUG